AUGGAGAAAGAUUGGAUUUCGAAAGAGAGGGAUUCGUUGGAGUAUGAAGUCGGGGUUGAAAAGUUUUUGAUUUGCGCCGAGCAAAACUGUAAAAAUCCUAAAAAAAUACCUUGCCCCUGCUGCAAAUGUGUCAAUUUCAAGAAAUUUCCGGUAAAAAUAAUAAGGGGUCAUCUUUACGAAAACGGUUUCAGUCUCGGGUAUAUUGAUUGGAUUUGGCACGGAGGCAAGGCUGGUAUUUCGUCUGCCGGUAGCACACUGCCCCCUCAGGAAGAGGAGCAUAAUGCAGAAGCAUUUCUUACAGCCUUUGAAGCCGCAUCGGAAGCGGUUGCUGCAUCAGAAGCGGUGGCUGCUGGUGCUUCAGAAGCUGCUGCAGUUUGUGAAGCAGCAUAUCGUAAUCCGGGGGAUAAUUCGGUGGGUGAUGACUACGAUAAAGACUCGCAUGAUUUUAAGAGGUUUGUUGUCGAUGCUCAACAACCUUUAUUUGAGGGCAGCGACUGCACAAAAUUAGAUUCAAUGUUGAAAUUACAGAACUGGAAAGCGAGAUAUGGUGUUAGUGAUAGUGCGUUCAAUGAUCUGCUCUCGACAGUUGGCUCAUUCCUACCUCAGGAUAAUACAUUACCUGUUAACUCAUACGAAGCAAAAAAAACUCUUUCGAAUUUAGGCCUUGAGUAUACAAAAUUCCACGCGUGUCCCAAUGAAUGUGUUCUAUACAGGGGUGUAUAUGAGACUGCUUCGGAGUGUCCAAAGUGCAAGCUUUCACGCUGGAAGGUGGGUAAGGAUGGUAGAGAACGGUAUAAAGUCCCGGCAAAAGUUAUGUGGUACUUUCCGGUCAUUCCAAGAUUUAAACGGAUGUUUAAAUCUUCUUCGACAGCUGAGUUGUUGACAUGGCAUUCCACCAACCAAAGAAUUCAGGAUGGACAGAUGCGCCAUCCUGCCGACUCACCUUCUUGGCGGAAUAUCGAUUACAGGUGGCCUGCCUUUGGAAGUGAGCCAAGAAAUCUUCGACUAGCUUUUGCGGCUGAUGGUAUCAACCCACAUAACAAUGGGCUGACCAAUCAUUAUUCUUGUUGGCCGGUAGUAUUGGUAAUAUAUAAUCUUCCUCCGUGGUUAUGUAUGAAGAGGAAAUUUAUGAUGUUAACUACAUUAGUCUCCGGUCCACAUGAACCAGGUAACAACAUUGAUGUGUUCUUACAACCGUUAGUUGAUGAUUUGAAAAAGCUUUGGGAAGAAGGUGAACCGAAUGUAUAUGAUGCCUUCACAAAAUCUUUUUUCACUUUAAGGGCGGCUUUGUUAUGGACGAUUAAUGAUUUCCCGGCGUAUGGUAAUUUGUCUGGCUGUGUCAACAAGGGUUAUUUGGGUUGUCCAGUGUGUGGUGAUGAUACCGUUGUUAAGUACUUGCCUUAUAGUAGGAAAAUAUGUUACCAAGGUCAUCGUCGGUAUUUACCUAGACAUCAUCCAUACAGGAAGAAUAAAGUAGCCUUUAAAGUAAAGAAGUCGAAGAAGGUGGACUGUGCUUGGAAGAAGAAGUCAGUAUUUUUUGAGUUGGAAUACUGGAAAUUCCAUUAUGUUCGUCACUGCCUUGAUAUUAUGCACGUGGAGAAAAAUGUCUGCGAUAGUCUAAUUGGGACGUUAUUGAAUUUAAAGUUCAAGUCCAAAGAUAGCGAGGCGUCUCGUCUUGAUAUGAUGGACAUGGGGGUUAGGACUGAUUUAGCUCCAAAACAAGGAGUCAAAAAAACUUAUCUGCCUCCUUCCUGUUUUACUCUAACAAAAGCAGAAAAAAGAGAAGUGUUGAAGUCACUAUCAUCAAUGAAGCUGCCAUAUGGGCAUUCCUCAAACAUCAGAAAUUGUGUAUCCAUGGCAGAUUUAAAGAUAUUUGGGAUGAAGUCUCAUGACUGCCAUGUACUUCUUCAACAAUUACUCCCUGUAGCUAUUCGUUCGGUGCUUCCGAAGAAUGUUAGAGUUAGCAUAAUAAGGCUUUGCUUCUUUUUCAACACUCUGUGCAACAAAAUUGUUGACGUGUCAAAACUUGAUAAAUUGCAAGCCGAUGUGGUAUUAACCUUAUGUGAGCUCGAGAAAAUAUUCCCCCCCUCUUUUUUCGAUAUAAUGAUACAUCUAAUAGUGCACCUGGUCAGGGAAUUACGUUUAUGUGGACCGGUUUUCUAUAGAUGGAUGUACCCAUUUGAGCGUUUUAAUAAAGUGUUGAAAAGUUAUGUGCGAAACCGUUAUUUUCCGGAAGGCUGUAUAGCCGAAGCAUACUUGAAAGAAGAAUCUGUAGAAUUCUGUGCAGAGUUCUCUAGAAAUAGUUUCACAACUGCUGGUCUGCCGAAGGACCAAGGCAAACUUUCUGGUCCACUUUCGGCUGCAACAAUAAAAUCUGUUGAAGAGAAAGAACGAGAUGAGGCGCAUUUACACGUCCUCUUAAACAACAGUGAAGUGUUUCCAUAUAUUAAGAUGCAUAAGGAGUUGCUUGAAAAACUUUAUGAGGGAAAGAAAAAGUCUAUUCAGUGGAUGAUUGGGGAGCAUAAUAGGUUGUUUGCUGAUUGGUUUCAGAACAAAGUUAUUACUGAAUUAAAUGAGAAAGUCGAAGGUGUUUCAGAAACGAUAAGGUGGCUAGCAGGCAAACCAUCAUUCAAUGUUUUAACUUUUGAUGGGUAUUUAGUUGAUGGGAUCCGAUACUUCACAGAGGAACGAGACAAUGCUAGGGUUGUUCAAAAUAGUGGAGUCUCUUUAGUUGCUAAAACUGUCCAAGUUUCGAGUGCUAAGGAUUUAAAUCCCGUAGAAAGUGAUAUGACAUUUUAUGGGAGGAUUCAAGAUAUUUGGGAACUAGAUUACCACUCAUUUAAAGCCCCGUUGUUCUUGUGCAAAUGGGCUGACUGUGACAGAGGCGUCAAGGCUGACGAACUUGGCUUCACACUUGUGGACCAUAGUCGACAAGGCCACAAGAAUGACAAAUAUGUGUCUGUGCAUCAAGUGAAACAAGUUUUCUACGUGGAAGAUCUCGUUGAUUCUAAAUGGUCAGUCGUAUUGACCUCAACAAACAGAGAUUAUCACGAGAUCUACAAUGAUGAUGAUCUUGGAGAUACGAUCUUGGAGAACCCCCCAUUCUGCUCUAACAUCCCCAUAGUUGAUCUUGGUGUUGAUGACGAUGAAGAGUCUAAUGCUGGCAAUAAAAGAAAGGAUGGCGAGGGAAUCUGGCUGAAGAAGUGA